AUGGAAUCCUGGUAUUCAAGUGCGUCAAUAGAGGAAGUUAGAAGAAUGGCCUUAAGUGGUCAUUUAAGACACCGCUUUAUAGCAUGGCAAGUUAUGCUCGGCAUAUUUUAUGGGUCUGUUGACAACUGGGUGCUGAUAACUCAUAAGCACAGGCUGGAUUAUAAUAGAAAAAAGGCUGAAUUGAUUCCAAAGAAAAUUUUAGGCCAAGACAUAAUACUUGAUAACCCUCUUUCAAAUAAUGCCCAAGUAAUCUCUAACUAGACAGAGCCCCUGGUAUACUCAUUUUAAGAACCAAGAAAUGCGAGUUUGAGAAUGAAGACAAAAAAUAAAAAAAUAUAUGAAAUGCUGAAAUUUAGCAUUAAAAUUAAUAAAUAAGAUGAGAACCAAGAAAUCCGAAGAAUUAUCAGAAUUGAUGUGGAUAGGACUUUCCAAAAAUACCAAUUUUUCCAGCAAGAAAGAAACAAAGCAUACCUAGAAAACACUUUAUUCGUUUGAAGCAUGACCCACACCUUAGGAUAUAACCAAGGCUUCAAUGAGCUAAUGGCUGUUAUAUUAUAUGCAGGCCUUUCCGAUGAAGAAACCCCAGAUAAUUUAAUUAGCCAUGAAAACAUCGAAGCAGACUGUUAUACAAUAUUUUCUAAAUUAAUGGAUACAGGCAUUGCUAAUAUGUUUAUACAAAAACUCUCAAGGCCAAAACUCAGGGAUAAUGCGCUAGAUGAAAUCGCAACUGUCGAUAGAUCAUCAGAGAAUGAUUUAUCAGAAAUGAUCAGAAGAUGCCACUACGUAUUUCACAGAGUUUUGCAGGCAACUGAUCCAGAGCUAUAUCAUCAUAUAUUGAAAUAUAAAUAUGAGCCUCAGCUGUUUUUGGUAAGAUGACUGAGAUGCAUGCUGAGUCGAGAAUUUUCACUGAACCAAACUCUUAUUGUUUGGGACACGAUUUUUGCGUGCCAUGACUUGAAAAGUAGGGAUUUUGAGUUGCUUAAUUAUAUAUGUGCAGCUAUGCUUUCCUCAGAUAGAGAAUGCUGUAAAUGAUAUUUAGUGCUGAGCAAAAGGGAUUCUGAUUUAUUGCAAGAAUUAAUGAAUCCAGUUCCUAUUGAAGAUAUUAAAGGAAUACUACAAAUUGCUAUGAGAUAUCUUACUCCCCCCCAGUGAAAAAAAAAAUUUGUUCAUUCAUGGAGGGGGUUAAUUUUUUUUUAAAAAAAUAAUAUAUAAAUUUUAUAAAAAAUAUUUUUUUUCAAAAUUUAAAAAAAUCCUAAUUAGCAAAAAUUGGAACGCAAAUAGUUACUUAAUUUAUAAAAUUUAUGUUUUAAAAAGCAAUUCGUUUAAAAUUAAACAGAAUUAGCUCUAGAUUUCAUUAUAAUAAUUAUCAUUUAUAUAUCAAAAAUUUUUUCUAUAAAAAAUUUUUCUAUUAAAAAAAUUUUUUUGUUGACUCACGGAGGGUGGGUUUUUGGGCAAAAAAUGCCGAUUUUUCUAAUGGUUUUGUUCACUCACGGAGGGGGGGAGUUAGAGAGAAGCCUGAUAAUAAAGUCAGCUAUACUCCACAUCAAGGAUCCAAUAUUUUUACUUCUUCAUUAAAAAUGCUAUAUGAUUUGGUGACAACGAGAAUUGGGCCUCCGAUUGCACCAGUUGUUAAAAUUACAGAAAUUCCUAAAAAUGAAAAAGAAAUUACUCUGGAAAGUAUGCUAAAAAUUACAAAGCAGGUCAAGGCUAUGAUUAAAAAACAAAAAACAGAGUAAGGCUUAUUUACUUCCCACCUUAAAUUUUAAAAAAAAUUCUGUCCAAACUCAUUUAUUAAUUUUUUAAAUUUUCCUUUAUAAAAAAAAAUUUAUAAAUAUUAAAUAAAAUAUUUUUGUAUUUUAAUUUAUUUUAUGAAGAAUUAAUUUAAAAUAUAAAUCAAUUCAACGUGAAAACUGCUUAUAUAAUAUUCUACUUGUACUUUUUCCUUCAAAUUAGGUUAAAACUAAUUUUAUAAAAAUCAGUAUUAAUUUUUCUAUUGCAAUUUAAAGGGAUUAAAGUAUCCAAAAAAUGGAAAUUUUACCUAUAUUUUUUCCUUUUUAAAAGUGAGGAGUUAGAAAAGAAAUAGACGAAAAUGAGAUACGAAAAGCCAUUAGAUUACUAAAAAUCAUGCUUGACUAUAAUGAAGAUUAA